UUCUCUCAUGUCUGAUUAUUCUUCUGUGCAGACAGGCAUGUCUACAGGGUCGUUUGACCCUGACGCUACAACCCACACAGCUCCUGCACAAAAUGUCUCCUUCAAAGUUACCUUACUGUAAUUUACCUGUUAGGCUGACAGCAGUUCUUUUAUAUUGUUACAUCUGCUGGUGGGGAUCUUUUUCUAGCAUGAACUUCGUUUUUCUUUUUUCUUUUUCUUUUUUACUUCCACAGGCUCAUACAGAGGUACAGAAACAAGGAAGUGGACUGUAUUGCAUCAGCCCAAUCCAAACAUCCACCCAGUAGUGUGCAGUUCAUAAUGGCGAAUUUGAGAGUUUGAAGAGUCUGGAAAGCAAAGGUUUUUAAUCCCUUCAGAAGGAUUCCACCUAUAAGGAGAACAAGUGACAGGAGAACUAGGUUCAGUGUGGAGGAGACAGAGCUGCAAACAUGGAGCAGGAUAAAGUCGUGGAGAGUGUUAAACAAAAGCUUAAAGACCAUCUCCAGGAAAAGUUUACCUGGAUAAAUGAGGGCACAUCAGAUAGUCGGUCUCGACUUGACAGCAUCUACACAAAACUCUACGUCACUCAGCAGGCUCAGGAUUCUGGUUCCAUAUCACAUGAGAUUCUAGAUCACUUUAAUGUCCCAGAUCAGCAGUCAUCAAUUUCACAGGUGUUUUAUCAACAGAUCGAUUUCUUAAAUAUCUUUAAACCAGGAAGAAUUCAUGUUCAGCAACAACCAGCAAAAGAAAAGACAAUCCAAAGAGUGAUGACGAAAGGCAUCGCUGGCAUUGGAAAGACAUUUGCUGUCCAAAACUUUGCUCUAAGCUGGGCAGAAGGAAAAUCUAACCAGCACAUUGAUUUCAUCUUUGUGCUCCCCUUUAGAGAGCUGAACAUGCUCAGAGAUGCCGACUACAGUCUGCUGCAGCUUCUCCUUCACUUCUACCCUGAAAUAAAACCCCUAGAAGCUACACAGCAGCUUGUUCACAAGCAAGUGCUGUUCAUCUUUGAUGGUUUGGAUGAAAGCAGAUUUCCACUGGACUUUGAUGGAGCUGUGAGAAUAAGUGAAAUAGAUCGAAGAUCAACAGUCAAUGUGCUGCUGACCAACCUCAUCCAAGGCAACCUGCUGCCUUGCGCUCUGCUCUGGGUAACAUCCAGACCUGCAGCUGCCAGUCAGAUACCUUCUAAAUACAUUGACCAGAUGACAGAAGUCCAAGGUUUCACUGAGCAACAAAAAGAGUCAUACUUUAGGAAGAGAUUCAGCACUGCUAAUCAGGCAGAAGAAAUCCUGUCUCGUCUUAGAGGAAUGAUCAGCUUCUAUUUCAUGGGCCAUAUCCCAGUGUUUUGCUGGAUCAUCGCUGAGGUGUUUAGGAAAGGAUGGAGUGAUGAGAGGAGCCGCGGCAUCACAACGAUGACAGAGCUGUACAUUUAUUACUUACUAAUUCAAACACAAAGAACGAGACAGAAAUAUGCAGGGAAAAGCUCCAAGAAGAGGUCCAAACAGAAGAAGUCUCAAGCCCAGAACUCUGCCAUGCUUUUGAACUUGUCCAAGUUGGCAUUUGAACAGCUGCAGAAAGGAAACAUCAUAUUCUAUGAAGAGGACCUCACAGAAAGUGGCAUCGAUGUUGGUGAAGCAUCAGUGUUUUGUGGAUUUUGCUCAGAGAUUCUUAAGGAAGAACGAGGCCUGUACAAGAAGAAGAUGUUCAGCUUUGUGCAUUUAAGCUUUCAGGAGUUUCUUGCAGCUCUCUACAUGCACCACUGCAUCCUGACGGACAACUUCAGUACUUUGAAGUCUUUCCUGGGUGUCGACCCGACAGAUCUGAGCUUUCUGGAUUUGCAGAAAAAGGUUGUGGAUAAAGCCUUGCAAAGUGAGAAAGGUCAGUUAGAUCUGUUUCUGUGUUUCUUCCUUGGAUUUUCUCUGGAGUCCAAUCAAACAGUGCUGCAGGGUUUACUGCCACAGGUAAAGAGCAGCUCGGACACCACCGAAGAGAUGAAGGUAUACCUGAAGAAUUUCCAUGUCAAAGACAUCCCACGAGAGAGGUACAUGAACCUUUUCCUCUGCAAGUUUGAGCUGAAGGAAGAGAGAUUUCAGGAUGACAUCAGAAUGUAUCUGGAUUCAGGAGCGAGACUCUCACCUAUUGACUGUGCAGUACUGUCGACCAUGAUGCAGAUAUCAGGGGAAGUGCUCGAGGAACUUGAUCUGACAAAUUCUGUCACACCGAUUAUUGGGACUGAGAAACUUGUCCAGCAAAUGAAGAACUGCAAGAAGGCUGUACUUAAGAGUGAGCAUAUAAGCAAUGAUCGCCUGGGUGUACUACUGUCCAUUCUUCAGUCAGCAGACUCUUGCUUAAGAGAGUUGUGCCUGGUGUGUUACUCUAACGUCAGUGAUGGUUUUCCUUAUGCUCUCAUUAAUGUACUGGGAUUUCCUGAGUGUAAACUGGAGAUACUGAGGUUAUCUGGGUUUUCUCUAGACUUUAGGAAUUGUCACAUUCUGACCUCAGUCCUUCAAUCAAAACAAUCACCUCUGAAGGUCCUGAGCUUCACUAACUGCAUGUACAGUUAUCCAAAGGAUUACAGUGGAUAUUAUACAAGAGAGUUGAAAAUAAAUGAAAACUAUGAAGAUUUCAUUGAUGAAUUAACUCUGUUGACUAUGAUUCCUUCUGCUUUGAUCGGUCCAGUCUGCAGACUGGAGCAGUUCAGCAUGCCUGGCUGUUGCCUGAAAAAUAAGUGCUGUCAGGUGUUUGCUUCAGUUCUCAGCUCCAACUCCCAGUUGAGGCAGCUUGACCUCAGUUGCAAUGACUUACAGGAUUCAGGUGUGCAACUGCUCUCUGCUGGACUUGGGAGUUCAAAAUGUAGGCUGGAAACACUGAGGCUGUCAUGUUGUGGGAUCACAGAGGAAAGUUGUGUCUUUCUGGCCUCAGCUCUGAAGUCCAACCCCUCCCACCUGAGAGAGCUGGACCUGAGCUACAACCAUCCAGGCUUGUCAGGCGUGAAACUGCUGUUGGAGCGACUGGAAGACCCAGAAUGUAGACUGGAAACGCUCAAUGUGGACCACAAUGAAGAGCACUGGGUCGACCCACAGCUUCUGAACAAGUAUGCCUGUGAUCUCACAUUCGACCCCAACACUGUGAAUGAAAACCUCGUCCUGUCUGAAUGUGACAGGAAAGUAAGCUACACUAAGGAAAAGCAGUCGUAUCCUGAUCAUCCAGAGAGAUUUGACCAAGUGAAUCAGGUGCUGUGUCGAGAGGCUCUGACUGGGCGCUGCUACUGGGAGGUGGACUGGGAAGCGUUUGUGAAUAUUGGUGUUGCAUAUAAGAGCCUGCCGAGGAAGGGACACUGGGACACAGAAAUUGACCGUACUGACAAGAGCUGGUGUUUCAGCAUCACCAAUUCAAACGGUUACUCCUUCCGACACGGGUUGAGGGAAACUUUUAUACCGGUCCCACACAUCGACGUCCAAGCAUUCCUGGCCAGACGCAGGAGACUGGGACUGUUUCUGGACUGGCCAGCUGGCACUCUGUCCUUUUAUUCACUUUCUGGUGACAAAAAAACUCUCAUUCAUACCUUCCACACCACGUUCACCGAGCCUCUCUACCCAGCAUUCACUGUUAAUCACGGAACUUUGACCCUGUGCAGGGUGGUGAAGCUGCAAAUGGAAACUGCUCGAUCAAGCUUCACACCUGAGAUGAGAAAAGAAAGAGCAGGCGUUUCAUACAGGUUCCUGUUUCCCGGUCCAGGGUUGUUCCAGUGUUCUUUGACUGGUCUGGUCUUUGAUGUGACUCGUGAGAGUGAGGUCACCUACAAGACUCUGAUCUGGGAUCCUCUGGUCCUCCAACCAGCGCACAAAGUGGCCGGAGGCCCGCUGUUCGGCAUCGAGUGUCCUCGGGACUCUAUACGUCAGCUGCACCUCCCACACUGUGAACCUGAGCCGGCACUGGUCUCUGACAGCAUCUCUGUGGUCCACAUCACGGAUGAUGGCAUGAGCAUCAUACAGCCUCUGGAGAUCACUGAGACUCACGUGGUCGUGGACGUCCCUCACCUCUCCGCCUUUGGCCUCGUCUGGGAUCUCGUUGAGCGGUUUUUCAAUUACAUGACGAAACCCGUUCGUGGCCAAGUCCUGCUCUUCCUGAGAAACAGGCCACGCCCCAUCCUCAGUGUGAUGCUGCUCCCAGGAAACGUCCCUCUGCACGACGUGAAAGUGCAGCACGCUGCUUCAGAGUACAUCGAAGCGCCGUCCUUCUGUUAUUUCCACAAAGGUCAAAAGUACAGUCUGAGCAGCGCCCCGCACGACUUUAAAAUACAGCCUGCACGUGCAGAGUUUUUUGAAAAUUACGGACCAAAUUACCACCCGACCUUUGAGAUCAUCCUGACAACGAACGCAGAGGAAGUGAUGCUGAUGGUGCAAGAUCCCGAGGAGACACGAGUGUGGGAGCACGACCUUCGUCUGCCCGCUUCAUCCUCGGCUGACUCUCCAGGUGGAAGUCCUCUUCAGAUGGGGAACAGCGCCUCAGCAGAGAAGCUGCGACUCGCUCGCACAAACUUCAUCGAUAAAGUGUCGAAUCCGGUUCUGAACAAGCUGCUGGACGAGCUGCAGCACGUCACCGUGCUAACUGAUGCUGAGGGCGAAGCGGCCAGAGCCAAACCGAGAGACGAGAAAGCUCGAGACCUGAUCGACAUGGUGCGAAAGAAAGGAGCUGAAGCAAGUUCAAAAAUGAUCGCCGUCUUUUAUGCCAACGAUCCGUAUCUGUGCAAAGAGCUCGGCUUACUGUGAAGCACAAAUCUGUGACACGAACAAAGAGACUCGUUGAACUAAAAUUUCCUUUCUUUCUUCUUAAAGUCACGAUUAUGUUUCCACUGAUCACACUUCUUAGAAAGCAGAUGAGCUUAGACGUGAGGGGAGACGUCCAGUAAAUAUCCAUAAAAGAAAAAUUCCAGUUUUUUCUGCAAAGAAUGUCUGAAAUGUAUUUUAGAAAUGUUAGUGUUUGUCAGACAGGAGGACAGAGAAAGUAGAAAGAGUGAGACACAGCUGCACUGGUGAAUGAUGCGAGCUGGACUCAGAUCAGUGAAGCCAGCAGAGCCUGUGGUCGUGAACCAUGUUUAUGUGGAAAUACAACACAAAGGUUAAUAAAAUGCAGCGAAUGCCUGCAGUGUUGAGUGUAACGUGUUAUUACUUGUGUUAUAAAGGUUCAGUUCUUUGUGCAGCAGCUGGAUGAAAAGAAAAAACCAUCAGCUGAGUUUUUGGGACUUUCGGUCUGAAUGAACAGGACGAUGCAGGAAGUGUGUUUUUCAUCGUGUUUAUCAUUGAAGUAUUAAGACUCGUAACACUAUAUAUGCAAAUGUUUCUGUACCUGUGAGCUGUGCUCUGUAAACUGACCAGGAUCCAGACCUUUCAUAUGAACACUUAAACACACGAGUUCCAAUAAAAAUGCUUUGAUUGUGUUUGUUUGCUUUGUGGUUUAAGCGUUUAUUUCCUGCACGUUGAUGCUUGCUCAUAGGGGGUCA